UUUCCGCCCAACCUUUCAACAUAGCGCUCAUUCAGUCAUUUUUUUUGUCGAUGGCAUGGUGCUAAGCAGCCACGGCAGAAACAACUCAAUUCAUCACAAUUCCAUUUGAAUUUGGAUAUCAAAUGGGAAAUAGUUGACUCGGCGCAGUUUUCGACGUGAAUGUCUGCUAUUUCGUACCGAGCGGCGCUGUUUGGGUAGCCCAUUCUUCCCCAAGGUUAGCUAGCUGGCUAACGAUAGCCGAUUAAACGCUAUCGCUAAAUAAGUUGAGCCGGAAAAAAAAACACAGUCUCUCAGGACCCUACUAUCACUACCACUAACUCCCUUAAAGUUUUUUUUUUUUUUUUUUUAAUUUGAGUAGAAAGAUAUCAUGGCGGAGGCCGACAAAUUGAACAUUGAUUCCAUCAUUCAGCGUCUGCUGGAAGUGAAAGGCUCCAGACCUGGGAAAAACGUCCAGCUGACAGAAAACGAAAUCCGGGGCCUUUGCCUCAAAUCCAGGGAGAUCUUCCUCAGCCAGCCGAUCCUGCUCGAACUCGAGGCGCCUCUCAAGAUUUGUGGGGAUGUACACGGGCAGUACUAUGACCUGCUGAGGCUCUUCGAAUACGGCGGCUUCCCCCCGGAGAGCAACUACCUGUUCCUGGGAGACUACGUGGACCGAGGCAAGCAGUCGCUGGAGACCAUCUGCCUGUUGUUGGCGUACAAGAUCAAAUACCCAGAAAACUUCUUUCUGCUGAGGGGAAACCACGAGUGCGCCUCCAUUAACAGGAUAUAUGGCUUCUAUGAUGAGUGUAAGAGGCGGUACAACAUAAAGCUGUGGAAGACCUUCACUGACUGUUUCAACUGUUUGCCUGUUGCCGCCAUUGUUGAUGAGAAGAUCUUCUGUUGCCACGGAGGGCUGUCUCCUGAUCUGCAGUCCAUGGAGCAGGUGCGAAGGGUCAUGCGCCCCACCGACGUGCCCGACCAGGGCCUCCUGUGCGACCUGCUGUGGGCUGACCCCGACAAGGACGUGCUGGGCUGGGGCGAAAACGACCGCGGCGUCUCUUUCACCUUUGGCGCCGACGUGGUCACAAAGUUCCUCCACAAGCACGACAUGGACCUCAUCUGCCGCGCCCAUCAGGUCGUGGAGGACGGCUACGAGUUUUUUGCCAAGAGGCAGCUGGUCACGCUUUUUUCCGCCCCCAACUACUGCGGCGAGUUCGACAACGCCGGCGCCAUGAUGAGCGUAGACGAGACCCUCAUGUGCUCGUUCCAGAUUCUCAAGCCUGCGGACAAGAAGCUGUUUUACGGCGGGGGCGGCGGCAUGGGCUCCGGACGUCCCGUCACCCCUCCGAGGAAAGCUAAGAAAUGACAGCAAUAGUUGAGUCCUUGACCUUUGCCCCCAUCCCUCUCUACCUCUCUUCUCCUUUCUUUCACCAAACAGCCAGAAAUCAAAUCGUAACCCAGGGCUUUUUUUCCUCCCCCUCCCUUUUUUAUCUGUACUUCUUAAAAACAUUUAAUGUUACAAAUUGUCCGAGCGAGUGCGCAAUCGAGCGAAUGUACGCCUCCGUGUGCCGGUGAGCUUUCAAACGUCAGGCGGGUUGUAUGCGUUGUGUGAGAGUAUUCGAAAUUUCUACUGUUCCCCCCCCCCCUCUUGCUGUCCUGCCACUCUUCCUGUGGAAAGGUUGAAACCGACGAGCGCAACUGUGCAGCGAUUUGACUGAAAAUUUGGCAGCGGACCCCGGCCAGUAGGUGGCGCGUGUGUCCUCGAGGGGGGGUAUUUUGUUUUCCCUAGUCCCCCGUACUGUAAAAUCUCCACAUGUGUGUGCGUGUGAGCUCAUACGCUGUCCACGCGCACACACAUGCACAACUCUUCAGAUUCAUAUGAGCCAGAGCUGUAAAAAACAAAAACAUACAGUUUAGGUUUGUACAGAUUUGAUUACUUGAAAGAGAUUUUUGUGAGUUCGUUUUGUAGUCGUUCAUCAAGUUGACCAAUAAAGCGAGAAUCGAAGAUAGAA